AGGAGAAAUUUCUUUUCUUUCUUGUUUGUUAUUACCGGUUAUCCUUGCUUUGAAGUUGACGCUAAUUUCUGUUUGUUGGGAGCUUUGGUCCCCUUUUGAACCUUCCAUUUCUUACAUAAACUCUCAUUUUGCGGGGGUCCAUCCAGCUCCUGGGCGCUGCUGGUUAAGGGUUUUUGGAGGCCUUUUUCCUUGGUUUGUUUUUUGGGUUUUGUAAUUCCAAAGUGUUUUUGUGUAAAUGUGGAGCACUGGAGAACCUGCUGAUUCUUACUACGCCGUCCGGCCUGAAUGCACGGAUGUUCCGAAAUCCCGAUUCAAAAUCAGGGCUGGUAAAACAUUAAGUGCAAGGAAAUGGCAGACUGCAUUUUCUCCAGAAGGGCAUCUAGACAUAGGCAAGACUUUAAGUCGAAUCCAGCGUGGGGGGAUCCAUCCAUCGAUUAGAGGGGAAGUUUGGGAAUUUUUACUUGGUUGUUAUGAUCCAAGGAGCACAUUUGAUGAACGAGAACAGAUGCGCCAGCGUAGAAGGACACAAUAUGCUAGGUGGAAGGAAGAGUGCAGCGAAAUAUUUCCUGUUGUUGGAAGUGGCCGGUAUAUUACAGCACCCGUAAUCACUGAAGAUGGUGAGCCCAUUCAGGAUCCGCUAGUAAUUUUAGAGACAAAUCAAGACAAAGGCUCAGCUUUACCUUCUGAACAUGGUAAUUCUGCUGGAGAUGGUAAUUCUGCUGAAGAUGCAUGUUCAUCAGAUGCAGAUGCCAUUGCUGCUACUUCUGAAAUUGUGAAAGAGCUUACUAGUCGUGGUCCUCUGGACAAGAAAGUAAUCCAGUGGUUGCUUACUUUACAUCAAAUAGGUCUGGAUGUGGUUCGAACUGACAGGACAUUGGUUUUCUAUGAGAACAAAGAAAACUUGUCAAAACUAUGGGAUAUUCUCGCUGUUUAUGCCUGGAUUGAUACUGAUGUUGGCUAUUGUCAAGGGAUGAGUGACCUUUGUUCCCCCAUGAUAAUGCUUCUUGAAGAUGAAGCUGAUGCAUUUUGGUGCUUUGAACGUCUGAUGCGUAGAUUGCGAGGAAAUUUCAGAUGCACUGAGAGCUCUGUUGGGGUGGAGACACAACUUUGUAAUUUAGCCGCAGUUACUCAAGUUAUUGAUCCAAAACUACAUCAGCAUUUAGAUGCACUUGGUGGAGGUGAUUAUUUAUUUGCUUUUAGGAUGCUCAUGGUUUUAUUCCGCCGAGAAUUCUCUUUUUGCGACUCACUCUACCUCUGGGAGAUGAUGUGGGCCCUAGAAUAUGACCCUGACUUGUUUGAUAUGUAUGAAGAGUCUGAUUCAGCUAGUGACAAAGCCGAGGGAUCUAAAGGAAGAGCCAAGUCAAUACGCCAUUAUGGGAAGUUUGAGAGGGAAAAUAUGAAAAAUGGGGCAGGAACAGAAGCCCCACUACCCAUCUCUGUUUUCCUUGUUGCUAGUGUCUUGAAAGAUAAGAGUGCAAAGCUGUUGACGGAAGCUCGAGGCCUGGAUGAUGUUGUUAAGAUACUGAAUGACAUGACUGGAAAUUUAGAUGCCAAAAAAGCAUGCAGCGGGGCAAUGAAACUUCACAAGAAAUACUUAAAGAAGGCCAAGAAGACUUAGCAUAUGAUGAAAGACAUGAUUUUUUUUUUCCCUUUUUUUUUUUUGUUGCUGUGGUCGAGACACGUAUACGAUGCUGCUACAUUGUGUUUCUUGAUUUGGCAAGUGACAGUAACUCACAAAUCUUUGGUUGGAGAUUACAGAAUUGUACAAUCCCCUAAAGCCUACAGAAAGGAAAUUGUUGUACGUGAAAUCAAUCUUAAUUUUCCUCUUCCUCGUUAGUUAUGUAUCCAAAUUAAGCAUCCUUAUUCUUUGGAAUUUCCUAUGCAAUUCCAUGUUGUAUUACUUCUGAUAUUGUUUAUUAUCAUCCAAUGAAAUAGAAAGAAAAACAUUUUGCUUACUA